CAAAAUGCAGCCCACAGCCACCAUGGCCACCGCGGCCACCACCGCAGCCACUGUCGCCCUGACGGCCUCCUGGGACAACGUCACUAGCCGUCCCACGGCCGAACCCGACCCCAUCCUGGACAACUACGUGCUGCUCGUUGUGGUGAUGUCGCUCUUCGUCGGUGGUACCCUGGUGGUGCUCUCCGGGGUCCUGCUGCUGUGCAAACGCUGCUGGGAGGUGCAUCAGCGCUUCAACAGGGCCAUGGAGGAGGCGGAAAAGACCACCACCACCUACCUUGACAACGGCACCCACCCGGCCCAAGACCCCGAUCGCAGGGGGGAGGACCCCGAGGGCCAGGACGCGGAGACGGAACACUUCUUGUCGGCCAGCUCCACCGGCCGCAGGGUCUCCUUCAACGAGGCCGCCCUGUUCGAGCAAAGCCGGAAAACGCAGGACAAGGGCCGCCGGUACACCCUGACCGAGGGGGACUUUCACCACCUGAAGAACGCACGCCUCACGCACCUGCACCUGCCACCCCUGAAAAUCGUCACCAUCCACGAGUGUGACUCGGCUGAGGCCAGCUCGGCCGCAGCCCCCCACCCCACCACCUCCCCCAAGGCCAGCCUGGCCAUAUUCGAGCCCCCGGGGAAGGCCCUCACUGGCCGCUCCCUGGGCCCCAGCUCCGCCUUGCCAGGUGACCCCUACAACCCCGCGGUGGGCACGGCCGACUUCACGGAGCGCAGCCCCUCGGCAUCCAGUGACUCUGGGGAAGGCACCUCGCUGGAUGCAGGCACCCGAAGCGUCAAGACUGGCGGGCCUGGGCCCUCAACAGGGUCAGGGGAGGCAGGCACUGUCCUGCAGUUCUUCAGUCGCCUGCGCCGCCAUGCCAGCCUGGAUGGGGCCAGCCCCUACUUCAAGGUCAAGAAAUGGAAGCUGGAAGCGAGCCAGAGGGCGUCCAGCCUGGACACCAGGGGUUCCCCCAAGCGGCACCACUUCCAGCGGCAGCGGGCAGCCAGUGAGAGCGUGGAGCAGGAGGGGGGCUCCCCUGAUGCCGACUUCAUCCACUCCAUCGUGGUGGCCUAUCCGCCCCCCCGCCCCUUCCCGGCCAGCCCCACCAGCCCGUCCCCCACUCUCGGCAGGUUAGAGGCUGCUGAGGCGGGAGCAGCGAGCCCCGAGUCCCCCCCAGAGCGCGGCGGCUGCGGGAGCAGCGCGGGGUCUGAAGCGCAGCAGCCAGAAUCGGAUGUGGAGCGGGACGCGGGCCCGGAGCAGGCGCAGAGCAGCUACCGCGACUUGUGGAGCCUGCGCGCCUCGCUUGAGCUGCACGCGGCCGCCUCGGACCACAGCAGCAGCGGGAAUGACCGCGACUCGGUGCGCAGCGGCGACAGCUCCGGCUCCGGCUCGGGGGGCACGGCACCGGCCUUCCCGCCGCCUUCACCGCCCCCACCGCCGCGGGCCAAGGACGGCGAGGCGCGCCGGCUGCUGCAGAUGGACAGCGGCUACGCCAGCAUCGAGGGCCGUGGCGCGGGCGAUGACACGGAACCGCCUGCUCCCACGGCUCCGCUAAGCCCACGCGCCUGGCCCCGCCGCCCGCGCCGCGACUACAGCAUCGAUGAGAAGACCGAUGCACUCUUCCAUGAGUUUCUGCGCCACGACCCGCAUUUUGACGACACACCCGUGGCUGUGCGCCACCGCGCCCGGGUGCACCCGCACGCACGCAAGCAGUGGCAGCAGCGUGGCCGGCAGCACAGCGAUCCUGGAGCCCGCGCGGCCCAGGCCCCCGGCGCGCCACGGCCUGCACGUGCGCCCCUGCGCCGCGGCGACAGUGUCGACUGCCCGCCAGAUGGCCGUGCGCUGGGCAGCGCGAGCGACGAGUCCGCCAUCCCCGUCAUCGAGGAGGAGCCGGGCGGCGGCGGUGGAGGCGGUGGCUCCGGCCUGGGCGUGGAGUCCCCGGAGGUGCUGCUGGACAAGCUGGCGGGCGACCUGGGGGACAGACUCUUCCCGCCGCUGCUUGCUGCCACCGUCGCUGGGUCCCCCGCCCCAGCCCUGGUUACCGCCGCCCCCACGUCUCCCGACCACAGCCCGGCCUAAGCCGCUGCUUCCCCAGCCCAAGCCACCUCGCCACAGCUUCCCGGGCACCGCGCGGGGCCUCGCCCCCGAGCCCAGCUCCGGCUGUGGACGCCCUCGCACUGGGCUGGCGCGCGCACACUAGCUCCUGGCCUCGGCCCGACCGCAGAGACACCAGGAGGUGCCCACCUCCGUGC